UCAGCCCUUCGCUCGGGAGUUUCUGACAGAGGAGCGAGAAAGACCAACGUUUUCCUCUCCAAUGGCGGGGUCCUGGGAUUAGAAAGAGUUUGAAACGUGCUGAGGGAAAGCUGAGGGUCCCGCCGUCAUGGCAAACGUAAAGCAGAAACUUCUGUUCAGGAAUAAACCCGCUGUGUCCGCUGACCGUGUGGACGGGACCGUUGCCAGAUCCAUGAAUUUUGAAAAGGCUGGCCGGGCACCACGUCACGGAAAGGUGAAUGGAGAAAAAGAGCAGGUCAGGUCCCGUAGGAUGUCUCUCAAUGACUCACUGGAAGGAGACGUCAGAGAUUUCUUAGUAAAUGAAGCAGAGCUCCACACUUAUGAUGACCUCACCAAAGUCAACCCAGUCACCCCCACAACAGUGCUGAAGUGUCUGCAGGCACGCUACAGUGCGAGGGUGUUCUACACUCAUGCAGGCUGCACACUGGUGGCCCUCAACCCCUUCCAGCCCAUCCCUCACCUCUACUCCCUGGAUGUAAUGCGCGAGUACCACUCUGCCCCCCAGCCUCAGGACUUUAAGCCACACAUCUUCAUUGUAGCAGAGGAGGCAUAUAGGAAUGUGCAGGGCCAGGUGGAGCCCGUGGACCAGUCUUUAGUGGUCUCAGGAGAGAGCGGAGCAGGGAAGACAUGGACGUCGCGCUGCCUGAUGAAAUACUAUGCCACCGUGGCUGCCUCCUCCCACAAGUGCCAGGACACAGUGGAGAGGAUAGAGAGACGUGUACUAGACUCCAACCCCGUCAUGGAGGCUUUCGGCAACGCUUGCACUUUGCGCAACAACAACAGCAGUCGUUUCGGAAAGUACAUUCAGCUCCAGCUAAACAGUUCUCAGCUGCUGGUUGGGGCUUCAGUGCAGACAUAUCUGCUGGAGAAAACCAGGGUGGCCUUCCAAGCUCCUAAUGAGAGGAACUUCCAUAUAUUCUACCAGAUGAUGAAAGGGGCUACAGAAAAACAGAGGCAGGAGUGGGAGAUGCCAUAUAAUCAAAAGUUCAGCUGGUUGCCAAAUGCAGACAAAACCUUAGAAGAGGAUCGUCUCCAAGAGACAGCAGAAGCCAUGAUCAGCCUUGGCAUUGAUACAGACAAACGGACACAAAUAUUCAGGGUCCUUGCAAGUAUUCUACAGCUGGGGAACGUGAACUUCAGUCUUGCCUCUGAGUCUCAGCCCUGUGACCUCGACGAGGAGUCCAAAGGUUUUCUGUAUAAAACAGCUACACUGCUGCAGGUGCCCGUGGACGAACUUCAGGAUUGUCUGACUGUGCGGACGUUGCGUGCAGGCAAGCAGAAUGUUCUGCUCAAGCCCUGCUCUCAGAGCGAGUGUGUCAUCCGCAGAGACUGCCUCGCUAAAGUCAUCUACGCACAGCUGUUUGAAUGGCUGGUCACCUUCAUCAACAACAGCAUGUGUUCAGACAACUCCAAGUGGUGCAACUUCAUCGGUCUCUUGGACGUGUAUGGCUUUGAGUGCUUCCUGCUGAAUAACCUGGAGCAGCUGUGCAUAAACUAUGCCAAUGAGAAACUGCAGCAGCACUUUGUGGCUCACUACCUGAAGGCACAACAGGAGGAGUACGUGGCUGAAGGCCUGGAGUGGUCUUUUGUCCGGUACCAGGACAACCAGAGCUGCUUGGACCUAAUCGAAGGCAGUCCUACCGGCAUCUUGUCCUUGCUUAAUGAGGAGUGCCGUUUGAACAGGGCAUCCGAUGCAAAACAGUUCCGGGUACGUCUGGAGAAGGAGCUUUCCGGUAACACCAGAAUGAGCUGGGACAAGUUCAGCAAGCAGCCUCACUUCAUUGUGGCUCACUACGCAGGCAGAGUCAGCUAUCAGAUUGAGGGCAUGAUGGAGAAGAAUAAGGAUCCAGUCCCACCUGAACUCCUCAGCUUGCUGCAAAAGUCAAAGAAUCCUCUGCUGCAGAGUCUGUUUGCAGCCUCAGAUGCUGAGGGAAACGGUUCCCGGGCCCAGAGCAAAGUCGUCACCGUCGUCUCCAAAUUCAAGAACUCGUUGGAGAGUUUGAUGAAGAUUCUGCACGGCACCACUCCGCACUACACUCGCUGCAUCAAACCCAACCCUGACUGCAGGCCACUCACCUUUAAGAAGGAAGAGGUGAUAACACAGCUGGAGGCCUGUGGUAUAGUGGAGACCAUCCACAUCAGCGCAGCAGGCUUCCCCAUUAGGGUUCCCUAUGCCAGCUUCCUCCAGCGAUAUGGGCUGAUAACCAAGACCAGCCUUCCAGCUCAGAUAAACAACAAGGACGGCGGUGAGAGUGGAGAGGAGGCCAGUCUUGGUCCUGUAGUGCAGGACAUUCUGAAUGCAGUCCUGAAGACUUCUGACUCCUCCACCAACCCCAACAACAAUAAUCUGAUGGUGCACUGUGGAAAGACUAAAGUGUUUCUGACACAUGGCAUGUUGGAACUGCUGGAGGAGCAGAGAGAUAGAGUGCGCUCUCAGAAGGCCUUCUGUAUCCAGUGUUGCUGGCGCAGAUACCAGAGGCGCCAGAGAGCUAUCAGGACGCAGUCGGCCACUUUGAUACAAGCAGUGGUGCGGGCCUGGCUGGUCAGGAGAGAGGUGAGAAGAUGGCACAAAGCUGCCUCAGUCAUCCAGGCUAGAUGGAGGUCUUGGAGGGCUCAGAUGGAUGCUUUGGCUGAGGCCGAGCUAGAUAAUGCUGAGGACCUGCUGGAGGAAGAGGAGUCCUGUUCGCUGCCUGCACUGGACCCUUUGCUGAAGGAACGAGGGUCGGUGCAGCUCUCCAGCAUUCCCGAGCCUGUGGCGGUGCACGGCUGGCCGCUGGGCCUGGCCAUGGCCUCUGCCCCCAACAUCACAGUGGCGCUUACUGCCACUGGCUUCCAGAAGGUCAUGUCCUUGAUGGCCACUCUGAAGAUCCCUUUCAGGCAUGGAGAAUACAAGGUGGAGACCAACCAGUUUGACCAGGGAGUGGCCUCCAUCAGAGCACAACCACGGGGUUCUGUGAAGCUCCAUUUGCGGCGGUCCCCCCUGCGCUACGCCGACAUGCACCCAGGACAAAAUGCAGAUGGAGUGACGGGUUUCAACCAGAUUCUGCUGGAGAAAACCUAAUUGCGUAAACACUUGUCCUCACCACUCACCUCAGCACUACCCAAGCAAGCUUUAAUCCAAUCACUGCACCUUUAAAAGCACACAUAAGAUUGAAAGACAAAGCACAAAGAGGUGAUUCAUGAAGCUGCCUUAAUGGAAUAUAAUUGAAUGCUGUAUAUAUUCAGGUUGGUCAUGCAUGGGGUGCCUUUGGUUCUUAAUGCAAUGUUAAGGCAGCAAUGUACUGUGGGCUUUUUAUAUAUAAUAUAUAUUUAUUCAGAGAUUAUACCUACUACACACUUUGGUUUUAUACCUGUGUAAUCAGUGUCUUUAGAAAGUCUGCUUAAUUGGUAGAAAUUGCUGUUGAUAGAUCCACAGCUCUGACUGGGACUAACAUGGCUUAGUUUGAGGUACGUUAAGCCUAGUCAUUUAAAUCUUACUUGAUAAACUAAACUUAAUAAAUGCAAGGCCUGCCAUUGAUUGAUUUAUAAACCACCUGUAUUUGAUUUUGUAGAACUGCCAAGUAUUACUCGUAUUUAUGACACGCUGUAACUCAGAAAAGGGAAAAUAUGGCAUUGACUGGAAUGUAUCUGCACUGUUUAGUACUGUGUACUUGAUUUAUACCCUUUUAUACUUUUCUUUAAGGCUUAUUGCACAGACAAAUGUCACACUACUUUUACGGGGAAGUGUAGUAUUUCUUUGUCUCUUGCCAAACUAGACCGAAAUCAUCUUUUGUAUGUGCUUUACAUUUUUACUCCACUUUUCCUUCAUCUGGAAUCACAACACUAAGUUAUUGGAACAGUGUUCAAGUACUUUGAGUGAUCUCAUGCUGCUGAAUUAUUGGGAACUUGCUUAUGAGUGCUUGACAUAUUGUAACGUUUUAUGAUACUCUACAAGUCUGUGUAUUCAGGAUACUGUUUGGACAUUACUGUGGAAAUGCUUAAGUCCAAUGUUGGCUAUCACUUUUGAGUAAAUUAUAUAAUGCUCAGGGCAUUCAAGGCCAAAUAUGACAAGGUCAUACAUCAAAACAGACCAAAUCUCAGUGUUUUUACAAAGCAACUAUACUUACUUUUGCUACAGCUGCCACAAUGUUGACUAUUCUAACCAUUUAUGUGCUGUUUUUUGGCCUAGACAACAAUCAUUGCUUAUAAAUUAAAUAUGCAGUGCUAUGUUGCAUUAGAAAAUUAUUCUGGACAUUGGAUAAGUAUUGUAUGUCAAAAAACAGGAAGUAUGAACACAAAAUGUUAAAGAUGAUGCUAAAAAAAUAAAUAAAUCUAUUUUAUAAACUCAA